GGCCCAAGGAGGUCAGGCGUCCUAAAAUCGCCGGGGCCGGGUCCUCCCACCUUCAGGCCACAGAGACGAAGGGCCAGAAGGGCCGCCCGCUCACGGCCGAGGCCCCGCCCCCCGCUCGCCGGCCCGCCCGCGCCUCCAGCGGAAGCCGGAAGCAAAAGCGGUCCCAGCUAGCCCCUGGCUCCGAACUCGGUGGUCUUGGAGGCUCCGCAGGAUGGGGGAGAAGAUGGCGGAAGAGGAGCCCUGGGCACAUAGUAGUGAAGGAGGCCGACCAGGAGCUGCCCUCAGGUUUCCUAACACAACUCACGAAGGUUUCAAUGUCACCCUCCACACCACCCUGGUUGUCACUACGAAACUGGUGCUCCCGACCCCUGCCAAGCCCAUUCUCCCUGUGCAAACAGGGGAGCAGGCUCAGCAGGAGGAACAGUCAAGCGGCAUGACCAUCUUCUUCAGCCUCCUCGUCCUAGCUAUCUGCAUCAUAUUGGUGCAUUUACUGAUCCGAUACAGAUUACAUUUCUUGCCAGAGAGCGUUGCUGUUGUUUCUUUAGGUAUUCUCAUGGGAGCAGUAAUAAAAAUUAUAGAGUUCAAAAAGUUGGCAAAUUGGAAGGAAGAAGAAAUGUUUCGUCCAAAUAUGUUUUUCCUCCUCUUGCUUCCUCCUAUUAUAUUUGAGUCAGGAUAUUCAUUACACAAGGGUAACUUCUUUCAAAAUAUUGGUUCCAUCACCCUGUUUGCUGUCUUCGGUACGGCAAUUUCCGCUUUUGUAGUAGGUGGAGGAAUUUAUUUUCUGGGUCAGGCUGAUGUAAUCUCUAAACUCAACAUGACAGACAGCUUUGCAUUUGGCUCCCUGAUUUCUGCUGUCGAUCCAGUGGCCACUAUUGCUAUUUUCAAUGCCCUUCACGUGGACCCAGUGCUCAACAUGCUGGUUUUUGGAGAGAGUAUUCUCAAUGACGCAGUCUCCAUUGUCCUCACCAACACAGCUGAAGGUUUAACAAGGAAAAAUAUGUCAGAUGUCAGUGGGUGGCAAACAUUUUUACAAGCCCUUGGCUACUUCCUCAAAAUGUUCUUUGGCUCAGCAGCACUCGGCACUCUCACUGGCUUAAUCUCUGCAUUAGUGCUAAAGCAUAUUGACUUGAGGAAAACGCCUUCCUUGGAGUUUGGCAUGAUGAUCAUUUUUGCUUAUCUUCCUUAUGGGCUCGCAGAAGGAAUCUCGCUCUCGGGCAUCAUGGCCAUCCUGUUCUCGGGCAUUGUGAUGUCCCACUACACGCACCAUAACCUGUCCCCAGUCACCCAGAUCCUCAUGCAGCAGACCCUCCGGACCGUGGCCUUCCUGUGCGAAACAUGUGUGUUUGCAUUUCUUGGCCUGUCCAUUUUUAGUUUCCCUCACAAGUUUGAAAUUUCCUUUGUCAUCUGGUGCAUAGUACUUGUACUGUUUGGCAGAGCGGUAAACAUUUUCCCUCUUUCCUACCUCCUGAAUUUCUUCCGUGAUCAUAAAAUCACACCGAAGAUGAUGUUCAUCAUGUGGUUUAGUGGCCUGCGAGGGGCCAUCCCCUACGCCCUGAGCCUGCACUUGGACCUGGAGCCCAUGGAGAAGCGGCAGCUCAUCGGCACCACCACCAUCAUCAUCGUGCUCUUCACCAUCCUGCUGCUGGGCGGCAGCACCAUGCCCCUCAUCCGCCUCAUGGACAUUGAGGACGCCAAGGCACGCCGCAGGAACAAGAAGGACGUCAACCUCAGCAAGACAGAGAAGAUGGGCAACACCAUCGAGUCAGAGCACUUGUCAGAGCUCACGGAGGAGGAAUAUGAAGCCCACUACAUCAGGCGGCAGGACCUCAAAGGCUUCGUGUGGCUGGACGCCAAGUACCUGAACCCCUUCUUCACGCGGCGGCUGACUCAGGAGGACCUCCACCAUGGGCGCAUCCAGAUGAAAACCCUCACCAACAAGUGGUAUGAGGAGGUGCGCCAGGGCCCCUCGGGCUCCGAAGAUGACGAGCAGGAGCUGCUGUGAUGGAGCAGGGCGCCCGCCCAGCGGCCUCUUGGCUCUCAGGACAGACGCUCAGCAGGGGCCCCGGAGAUGCUGCAUUUGGCCGCAGCCUCAGGGAAGAUGGAAGCAGGGUGAAGCAAAGGCCAUGGUCUUCUGAAACCAGAUGUCCCUGGGCCUUGGAGCCAGCUGUCUGCUUCUGAAGUAGGUCAUGUCCCCGGGCCUCCCCGAGCCAGACCUCUGCUCUGUUGCUUCCCAGCCCGCAGAUCCAGAGGGACCCACCGUCCAGGUAAACCUUCCCUUCUGCUUCUGUGGCCAGGGUGCAGAGUCCUCUGACGAGCUGAGGUGCCUGAGAAGAAAAGCUGUGACCAGCUGUGGAGCCUGCCAGGACUGGGGGUUCUGGGGGAGCCCUGGCUUGCAGCUUCUGCUGUUCUCAGCCACAGCCUUCACAGGAGUCCCUGCUGUGGCCCAAAUGGGUGUCUGUUCAGCAGUGCAGGGAGCCAGCCACCCUUUCCCUUUGGUCAUCAAGGUGCCUCUGGUCUCAGCAGCAGCAGUUCUGACCUAAGUGGUGGGCUCAGAAAUCCGGAAAACCUCACACUUCCCUUUGAGUUGUUGCUUGCACUCCCUGAAAAGGAAAAACCAGUGACCUUUUUCUUUACCUCGGACUGGCACCUUGCAGGCUGUCUCCCUGGGUGGCAGGCAGCUGCUGCCCUCCUCUGGGAAUAGUGUGAAUGUUUACACUGGUGCGGAGCCGGACACAGGGGUCCUUCUCAGGAACCCCAUUAGAAGCUGCAUCGGGUUUCUGGGGGUGAGCCAGCCCAGUCCGUGGGGUCAAAGCGCCCUCUGGAGGGAGAAGCUAGAGUUAUAGAGCUUAUGCAGCUGGCAUCGGUGGUCUUGGAGUUCAGUUUAAAUUCCUGCACUUUUACAUAGUGAGAGCCUGGCAGUCACCUCCCUCCCUCACCCAGUGGAUCUCAUUGGUCCAGAGGCCCCAGUUCCUGGGCUCUGUGGGGUCUGCCCACUGUUUGCCUGCUGCCACCUUCACUGCUAGUCAGCAUUUCCUUCUUCCCUGUUCAGUUCUUUACCGUCUUGGGUCCCAGCUCACCAAAGCCCUGAGUAGGGGCCAGAGCAGCAGUGCCCUGUGCUCCUCCCCUGCCACUCCCACCCAGAACUCGCUCACAGAGGCUUGCACAUGUCUCUCUCUCCCACACGCACACCCCCUGCCCUGUCCCUGUGGUCCCGGCCCUUGGCUAUCCAGGGUGAGGAGCUGCUAGUCACAUCCAGAUGGAGUGGAGUUCCUCACUUUCACAUCUGCUCCUCAUCUUCCCUUAUCAAACCUCAUACCCACUAGCCUUUGCCCAUCUAUGGGCCAGUGGCACCUCCCCUAGGUGCCUCAGGGUCCCUGCCUUGGGACUCGGCACCCUCUUGGGUGGUUUCGUUGUGUCCUGGUUCUGUGUGAGGAACACUGGGCCAGCAUGGACCCUGGGCUGGCAGCAGGUCUGUUUCCUUCCCUUCUGCCUCAGGCAGCAUGGCCCUGGGUGUCAGGAAGAACUGACUGCAGAGCCCUCCGAGACCCUGGUGCCCAGCCCACCCGACCAGGCCCCUUUCCUGGAAGUAUGAGGCCAAUCAGACAGGAAGCACUUGGUUUCCUUCUUAUGCAUGAAAAGUAAAUCUGUACUUGCUUGGGUUAACAUAUGUUCAUUUCUCUUUUUGGAACCUCCCCCUUUAGCUCCGUAAUUUAAGCCAAACAGGAGUAUUUUACUUCACCUAAUACCUUCUGGGAGGAGCAAUACCAUGUAUAAUUCUUGUCUCCAUCAUUUCCUACUUUUAGAGGUCAAAGAAGGAGAAGACGGUUGUCCACACCUAGGAGGAAGAGGGCAGGGAUCCGAGACUAGAGUGUUCUCCAAUCCAUAAAUAAUUUACUUUCUCCUUUGAAGUUCGUGGUCUGAUCUCAGAAGUGGAACUUGCAUUGCAAACUCAAUAGCUUCCCAGAAAAUGGGGGGGGGGGGGGCUGUGAAUUCACAGAUAAAGCAGUGGAAACACCUUCUCAAUUCAGACUGCCCCCUGUCACCAGGUCUCGCCUCCCACUUUUAGCGGAGACUUGAAAAUGAUAGUGUAGUAGAGAAGAGUCCUCAAAGUGGAAGGUCCCCUAGGCCUGGGUUAGUGGGCCGGGGGGCACCUUUCCUGGCAGGUCCUGGCACCUCUUGGGUCUCCUGAGAGGCUCUUCUGCCCCCUGCUGGCUACGUGAGGCUUUGGCAGGCUGGAGCCCAUUCUUAUGGGGACAAGGGCAACCCGCGUUCCUCACGUCUGUCUCUUGGCCUUUGCCAUUGCCACCUGCAGAGCCUAUGGAGAUACAUUUUCCUGGUGGAUUUUUUCAAGUGUCUUUGCUUGAAAAUCAGAAGUUUGCUGCUGCUGCUGCCUUUAGCAUACUUAAUAAUUCUACUUUUGGGGGCAAUAAAUGCCUAAUAGAUAAAAAAAUAUUUAGCAUAACUACAAUUUCCCACAGAUUUAUUUCCUUCUAGGUCUAGCCCAUGGGAAGGAGGGGUAUAGCACACAGACAGGGUCAUACUUCAGAGCGAGGGUGAACGCUGUGAAGUCUGUGAGUGCCUCUGAGGCAUCUGGCAGCUUAGUGAACUUAGAAGACGUGCUUGUCUUGGGGAACCAUGUGGCAACAAGGCCCACACCCAAGGCUCCCCUCUGCAGCCCUGUCAUUGUAGGAUCCCUGGGAAAACCAUACCCUGAGGCUUGUGGUGUGGGGAGUUACAGGGCAAGGAGGGGGCUUAUCUUAGGUCCCCAGAGAUCAAGUUUUAGGCUGGGCUGAGCCAGGGCCAGGCACGAGGAAGGUGGCUCCGCUCCAUAGUCUGGUGCUCAGAUAGCCCAACAGCAGAACCAAAAACCUCCUGCUCCCUGGCCAGCUACCUCUCUUCACAGUAGAAGUGCUGGCCAGGCCCUGGGUAAGGCCCAGGGGCAGGGCCUGGCCCAGAAUGUUGGCUCCCCCAGAAUACCCCAAGUUAGCCUACAGAGGUCCUGGUUGGCCUGCAGAUUCCUCUGUGUGCCAUGAAAUAUGGAAAGAUUGAUGAGCAGGGGACCCUCCUAUCCUUGAAACCUACAUCAGAGGUGGCAUCAGCAAGACUUGCUCUGUGAGGUCUCAGCUUCACAUCCCAGGGGCUUGUGCAUUUGGCCGAGUCCUCAGCAGGGUGGCCACAUCCAGGAUCCCAUUUCUGCUUUGGUGGGGAGAGUGGGGGUAAGGCAGGGUGGUGGCUGGCUUCUCGUCAGCUAAGUCAUGGAUGUCAAUGGUGCAAGCCUCCGAACUGGUCCCUGAUUCAAGCACAAGGAAGAAUCAGCAGCAAUGAUCUGCCAUUAAUUAGGACUUUAAAAGCGAGAGAGAGAAAGAGAAAAGCCACCGUGAUCCUCCCCCCUUCCCUCCAGAAUGCAGACCCUGUGUUUCUCUUGCUGGUUGACGUGUGUAGGAAACCAACUCUGAACCGUUCUCGUUCUCGAUAUGGCAGCCAACACCAUUAAGAAGCUGUUCUCCUAGGAACUCAGUCUCUAAAGCCCCAGGCAAUUUGUUUUAAAUGAAAAUACUCCCAGUGAAAGGGAAGACUUACACAGAGUAAGUAGCCACACUCCCUCCUGCUUAGGUUCCUGCCGUCUCUCACGCAAGUAGUUAGAUAUUGAGGAACUUCUGUGGCCAUUGGCCAUGUGACAAAUGAAGAAGACUUGACAAGUUUCCCCUGGGCCACCCCAUCCCACUGGCCAACUUGGUCCAGAGGGAAACAAACACCUGGCCUUUCUCCCGGUGAGCUGGUCGUGCCAGGCUGCGGUGUGAGCUCGCCCGACUUCAGGGUGAGUGCGGCUGCCGGAGCCGGGCCACCUGACCGGACAGGGAACAUGCAGACGGGCACUCAACAGAAAGGUCCCCUGUCACCCUGGUGGGCCUGUGCUCCCAGGAGCCUGUCAGCCCUGUGGAAGAGCCAUGUCCUCAUGUUCCUAGUCCCUUCUAGAAGCCCCAGCCCUGUUCUAAGGAACCAGUAGAGACCUGGGGAAGGCUCCUCGCUCGCUGCCAGGUUUCGGGGUUCAUGGCUUCCCCAAGGCUUUCACAUCAUCUCCACAACAGCCCCUGCCAAGCUUGAUCUGUUCUCAAGGUUAAUCAGAACUUUGAAUUCUUCUGACUCAUUUUCUUUAUAAAAAUGAAGGAUUUUUUUUUAAGUACCGUUUUUUUUGUUGUUGUUGUUGUUUGUUUUGUUUUAAGGACCUUUCAGAAGGUCAGGCUUAUUCUUUGUCCUCCCAUGUGUAAGUUGUGAGAGGUAUUUGUUAGGUCCUGGUUCCUGAGAAAUGAUUUGCUGCUCUUCCUGAUGGGGCUUCAGACUGGGGAGGGGGGGGGGGGGAGCACAGGAGCUGCUGUGCUGGAGCCCCUGCUUCAUCUCACUGGACUGUAAAGAAUUCAGAAACAGAAAACAGUAAUGUCACUGGAUAUUUAUUUAGAAAUAAAAAUGAAUGCUGCUGGA